CCAUAAGCUGAAGGACAUGAAGAAGGAAUUCUUUCGGAUCAGUGAAGAUAUGGAAUCAGUAUCUAUAAAGAAUUCAGCUGUGUCCCGCCACAAAGCACGUGAAGCAGAAGAAGCCAGCCACUUCCUGCUUGCUACCCAAAAGUGCUACCGUCAUCUGGCCCUGGAUUAUGUAUUACAGAUUAAUUGCUUCCAGUCAAGUCAGAAGCUUCAGAUUCUAAACUCGAUGAUGUCAUACUAUCACAUGCAAUAUGCAUUCUAUCAUCAGGGAUAUGAUCUGCUGAAGGACCUGGAACCCAUCAUGAAGAAGCUGUCUACACAGUUAGAUCAAAUGACUCUAGAUUCAGUAUCAAAAAGAAAAGAAAUGGAACAACAGUGUUUACUACUGCAGCAAAAGGAUAGCUCUGUUGACUCUGAAAUAGAGCUUCUAAGCAAUCCACUGAAUGACAUUCCAAUUGAAGGAUAUCUCUUCAAACGUUCCAGUAAGAAAAUCAAAAUGUGGAAAAGGAGAUGGUUUUCUGUGCACAAUAACCAGUUGAUCUACCAGAAAUCAAUAAAGGAGGAGCCUACAGUAAUGGUUGAAGACUUGCGACUCUGUGCCGUCAGAUGCCUGGAAGAGAUUGAGAGGCGGUUCUGCUUUGAAGUAGUGUCUGUUCAUAAGAACUAUCUUCUGCAAGCAGAUUCUGGGCCCCUUCGUGAUGCCUGGGUACGCACAAUCCAGACCAGUAUUGACACAGCAUACCGAGAAAAAUCAGGCACAAAGUCUCCUGAGAGUCUAGGGAAGUCUUCAUCUUCUGCCUCGUUAGUAUCAGAUUCACCAAAGCAGAGUCAGAAGAGCACUACCUGUACCAGUAGUGUGAGUAUUCUGACACUGGUGCAGAGGGUUGCUGGGAAUGAAAAGUGCUGUGACUGUGGGAAGCAGGACCCUCGCUGGGCAAGUAUUAACCUCGGCAUCCUGCUGUGUAUAGAGUGCUCUGGGAUCCACAGGAGUUUGGGUGUUCACCUCUCAAAAGUCCGCUCCCUAACACUAGAUUCAUGGGAACCAGAAGUCUUGAAGUUGCUCUGUGCCCUGGGGAACAAUGCUGUGAAUCAGAUUUAUGAGGCACGAUGCAGUGAAGUAGGAGCCACAAAACCCACAUCUGACAGUUUACGCUCUGAGAAGGAGUCAUGGAUAAAGAUGAAGUAUGUUGAGCGACGAUUCUUGAGAAAAUUGACGAUACCUUUGCCAGCUGUAGAUUCCACUGGAGGAAUUCCUGUGACUAAUGAAGACCAGAGUGCUGGUGAGGCUUCCUCCCCACAGAAUGAGUCUAGUCUAAUAUUGUAUCAUGCGGCAAGAGCCGGGAACCUUACCACCAUGGCAGAGGCACUGGCUCACAAAGCUGAUGUGAACUGGAUCAACCGAGCAGAGGAGAGACGGACACCAUUGAUGAAUGCAGCUGUGGGGGGUUCCUUGCUGGCCUGUGAGUUUCUUCUGCAGAAUGGUGCAGGCAUCAAUUACAGAGAUGUGAGAGGGCGAGGAGCACUUCAUCUUGCUGCCCAUCUGGGGCAUACAGGGCAGGUGUGCUUAUUCAUGAAAAGAGGAGCUAAUCAGUAUGCUGUUGACGAAAUGGGACACGAUCCACUAAGUAUCGCUGUAGAAAUCGCCAGUGCUGACAUUGUCACCCUCCUCCGGAUGGCUCGAAUGAAUGAAGAGAUGCGCGACUCAGAAGGCUUUUUUGGACAUAUGGGUGAUGAUGAGACAUUCCAGGAUAUUUUCCGAGAUUUCUCUGACAUGGCAUCCAAUGAUCCUGAAAAGUUAAGUCGACGAAGAGCAGACUCACCACUUCCUGAAUCAGAUGAAGCAAUGUGAUUUCUUGGACGGCAGAAUCAAAUUAAUGAUGAAGAGGGGAUAAAAGGUUUAUGACAUGGUGAAGAUACAAGAAGCAAUAACUUUUUUUCCUGAGCUGUCAGGAAUUGCUUUAAUUUUUACUUGCUGCUUGAACAUUUGUUCAGAAUUGUGGUUCCUUGUAAGGGAGCUUAUACCUGCCUUACUGUUUAGUUAACAUAUAACAAGUUGACUAAAACAGCACUAGCCAUGUGUUGCAGUUCUGAACUCAGACUGUAACUAACAUAUUGUAGGGAUAGGGGACUCCACAGAGUAAAAGACCAUCUUGGUUGCAGUAAAAAAAAAAAAAAACAACAAAAAAAAAAAAAAUUCCUGCUAGAAUUACAAAAUAACUUUAUUUUUAAGAUAAUGAACAAGUGUUGAUUUGAAACUGUCUGCACAGCCGUAAUUUUUAUGCCUGAUAAGUGUAUGUUUUUUUUUUGGAGUGGGGGGGGGGGGUAUAAGUUGUCUUUUAGAGUCCUUUAAAACUCUAGAAACUAAGUUGUCAAGAAUUGUAGGUUGUGAAGCCAGUUCAUAAUAUUUCUUUAUGCUCGGAAAUAUUAAUGGUCAUGACUUUUUGAUAUAUGUACAUGUAUUUUGAGGGGGAAUAUAAUAAGGUGAUUGGAGGGAGCUUGGAGAAAUAUGCAAAAAUACUUUACAGUGAAGAUGUGAAGUAAGUGAACACACUGCCAGAGCGAGUACUGGGGCGUUUACUUUGGGAAUGUAAAUAAUUUGUAAGAAAACUGCAUUUAGGAGUGGGAAAGAGUGCAAAAUGUGCCGUAAGUGAAUGAAGGUCAUGGACUUGGACAAAUUUGAUUAGGCUUAAUAUUCUCCUCUGCUAGCAGACUCCAUGUUUGUAUAGAGCCCGGCAGCCAUGGAGUGCCCCUGAUUCACAAGUGAUGCAUCAUAAAAAGGGCACAGUUUAAGGUCAUCUUUGGGCAGAUUUGAGCAAGGAUGAGGUGGAUAGUGGAAGAGGGCAGCUGCACACUGGUAGGCCACAACACCCUGGCAUACUUGUUAGGCCAUAGAUAAUUUUCCUCAAUAUUGGUAUUUGAACAAUUCAGUGAAGUUAUACAGUACUGUUGUUUCACAGAGAGGGUAGCAGAUGGUUGGAAACGACUGCUUGAAAAGGUAGUAGGAUCAAAAACAGCAACAGCAUAUAAAAUGCAUUUGUAAGACAUAAUGCAGAUCUUAUGAGGGGAUGGGAAGCCAAAACAAACUUUUUUAGAACUUGCAGUGUAAACAGUUGUUAGGUGAAUGAGAUUAGGCAAAUCUCCUUAACUGCAUACCUCUUUUCUUCUUUACAUAUCUCUUUUCUUCUCCUCUCCUUAAGAAUUAUGGACAAAUGGAAGAAUAACAGAUGGACAACGGCUCAAAAUCCUGGACAUGUUUUAAAUAUUACUCCACUUAAAAAUUAAUGGAACAACAGGUUUUGUUUCAGCAUGCAUUUUCUAAGCAAUAGGAAGUAUGAAACACUAAUGUUUGGCAUUGCCAACUGAAUGUAAUCCUCAGUGAUUUCCCAGAAAAAUAAGUUUUAUGAGGGACAAGGCAAAAAUAUGAGGCAAAAUCAGAGACAGUUGAGAGGUAUGUGUAAUUAUCAAAAUUUAUUUUAAAAGCAAUAGUAGAUGUCUUGCAAAAGAACUGAGGUACACAGGGCAGUAUUUUGCAUAAGAGUUUCAAUUGUGUUACUUCCUGUAAUUAAGCCUGAUAUGCUUAUGUUACCCCUUGCACUAAAAUCCAUACUGUGACUAGUGUUACUACCAUUGUAAUUGAUGGCUACUGUGUUGAGUUUUGUGCAGACAUGUUUAUAUUUAAAUAACCUGUUUUAUAUGUGCAAUAGACUACUGUAAGGUGUACUGCAAAAACUACCGAGUUGUGCAGUCUUUAGAAAGUGUCAUUCUCAUUGCUUAUCAUUUUCAUCUACUUUUGCGUAUGUUGGGUGUGGUGUUUUAUACUGUCAGAUCAGCAGGUUGAUAGAUUUGAUAUGAACUUUUAAUUUUGCAGCGUUUAAGUGAAAUUACCUCUGGGAUAUGCAGUUUGAGGAAAUAAUUCUACUGCUUUUUAUAUUUUGUUACAGGGUAGUCCAACUUUGAACUUUGUAUGUGGGAUGUGGAAAUACAAAGAAAUCAAGUCACUGUCCUAACUGUGAGAAUUGCAGUUGGAGCUUAGAAAGUGUAGUUUCAGUAACAUGCUUUGUCAGGAUUAUGCUUGAACAUACAAAACUGAAUAAGGUAUUUAAAUAAUAGUAAUUUCUUAACCUGCUAAAGUGUUGAGGAUUCUAGAGACAUACUAGUACUCGUGUGUUUCUAGA